AGACUUCAAUCCGAGACCCCAACGGUCAGCGCUACCGCCCUCGAGGUUUUGCGAGGGCUCUCUCCUCAUCCGCCGAGCUAAACGAAGAGCUCCGUGAGAAAAAGGAAAAAAAAAAGAAGAAUGGCGAUGUGGAGGGCCAAAUCGUCUGUCCUUCUCCCCCUUCGUUCCUCCCUCUCCUCCGCCUCCCUCCCCCUCCCCGAAGCCCUCCUAUCCCCUCCCCUCCUCCUCUUCCUCCGCCGCUACCGCGGCGGCCGCCAGCACCGUGACGACUUCCCCGCCUCCAGGUACGAGCAGCCGCCGACGAACUGGGGCAUCCGCAUCGUGCCGGAGAAGAAGGCCUACAUCAUCGAACGGUUUGGAAAGUACCUGAAGACUCUCGAUUCGGGCAUUCAUCUCCUCGUCCCUUUCGUCGACCGGAUUGCCUACGUCCACUCCCUCAAAGAGGAGGCUAUCCCCAUUCCCGACCAGUCCGCCAUCACCAAGGACAACGUCAGCAUCCUCAUCGAUGGUGUGCUCUAUGUCAAGAUUGUGGACCCAAUCCUUGCUUCGUAUGGUGUGGAGAAUCCAAUAUUUGCCGUGAUCCAGUUGGCACAGACAACGAUGAGAAGCGAGCUGGGGAAGAUUACUCUGGACAAGACAUUUGUGGAGAGGGACACACUCAAUGAGAACAUUGUGAGAGCAAUUAAUGAGGCUGCAACCAACUGGGGUCUUAAGUGUCUGCGAUAUGAAAUAAGGGAUAUAUCUCCUCCACCUGGAGUGAAGGCAGCUAUGGAGAUGCAAGCUGAAGCAGAAAGAAGAAAACGUGCUCAAGUUCUCGAAUCUGAAGGACAAAGACAAGCAAACAUCAACAUUGCUGAUGGAAAGAAAAGUUCUGUGAUAUUGGCAUCAGAAGCUGCAAUGAUGGAUCAGGUGAAUAGGGCUAAAGGAGAAGCUGAAGCUAUCCUUGCUAGAUCACGGGCAACUGCAGAAGGGCUUAAGGUGUUAUCAGAGGCUGUGAAAGCAGAGGGAGGUGCUCAGGCAGCAAGUCUAAAAAUUGCUGAACAAUACAUACAAGCAUUUGGCCGCAUAGCCAAGGAGGGAACCACUCUGCUGCUUCCUAGCACUGCUGAUAACCCUUCUGCCAUGGUAGCUCAGGCUCUGACAAUAUACCAAAAACUCAACAGCGACAGUUAUAAUGCUUCCCCUGGGGAGAGCCCCCAAACAGAAGCCACAGAUGGAAGUAAAACUGAUAGCCAUACAAGGCCGGCUGAGGUGGGAACUCCCUCCUCAGGCACAACAGAUGUCCCUAAUCCUACUGCUGAUCCAAAUGAAAGAGUGUUCUCUCUCCAAAGCCCACCAAAGGGACUGAGUUAGUUGUUGGCUUUGCCUCCCAACUUACGAGGAAAAAGAUCGGCCGCUCAAUUUUGGAAGCGCAUGAUACUAGGCUUGUUAGUUUGUAAUUUUUUUGAAACUGUUAAUUUACAAUUUAAUUGUUUUGAGAAGACCUUGAACCCUUUUUAACAUUUUUUGAUAUAUUCCGGUGAAGAAGAUUAAGACAUUGAUUUGGGAAGUCCUAGGUUUGUGCGGUUGUGCCACAGAUUUGAGCAGUUGAUAUUCAGAUGAUACCAGAAUUAACAAUUUCAUA